CUUUGCUCUUUGAUUAAAUUUACUAAUAAUUAAUCAAACUCUUCGAAACUUUCGCAGCUUCAACCGGAACGCAUUGUAUGUUCCGAAAUUCACUGUCAGAGUACUGGAAAUCUAUAAUGUACGUCACGUGAACUAUAAAUUUCCAAUAACUAGCAAAAAAUUUCGGAACAUGGCCAACAGCAAGCUACCAAUUUAUAAAAGUAAAAAAAGCGCGAAAAAAGAGAACGGAGAGAACGCUGAUAUGGCGUGCAAUGGUUUAUGAUUUGGAUAAAUAUUAUAUAAGAAUUACAGAUAAGAAAAAAACAAUAUAAAAAUCUCAAUAUUAAACAAAUUUCAAUUAAAAAAAAGUAAAAGUUUUUAAUAUUUUUCUAAUAUAACAAAAAAUUGAACGAGAAUAAGAAGAAUAUUAUUAAUAAUGGCACCAAUUUCUAAUGGAUCUGAUGGAAAUCUGCUUUCAAGUCCAGGAAAUGAAAAACCCCCAAAAUUUGAAAGACAGCAAGUAGAAUAUGAAGACUUAACUAUUGAUUUUAAUGAUAAAUUAAUUGAUUUUUCUAAACAAUUUUGUCACAUAUAUUCAAUAAGACUGGCAGAAUUGAGAGCAGUAUUGAUACCACGAGUUAUUGCAAAAUGGGGAAAAGUUCAGAUAUUAAAAUUGGCAGAAUUAGAAGAUUUUGAAGAACAAGAGUGUGUAAUAAUUGGUACACUCUAUAAACAUCAAAAGUGGAAGCCAUCAAUAUUACAUGAGUUAAGUGAAGAUCAUCAACUCACAUUAUCUGAGCCAAAAUCAAAUUAUUGCUCAGAAAAGGAUUUACUUUUCUUGGAAGAUGAAAUGUUACGCAUCAGAUUACUAGUUGAAGAUGCAGAGUUGAAGAAUUAUGUUACAGGUGUCGUAUGUGCCAUAUUAGGGCAUAAAGAUAAAGAUGGAAAUUUCGUGAUCAAGGAAUGGUGCUUUCCUGGUUGUGUGCCUAAAAGUUCAUUGGCGAAACCAAAAUCCAAAGGAAAAUUGUUGUUUCUAUCUGGGCUCGACUUGGCAAAUAACUCAAAGAGUUUAUCAUUAAGUCUUUUAAUUGACUGGAUAUGCGGCAUGGCGGGAAAUGAAAUGGUACAAGAAAAUGCCACUUGUGUUGUUCAAAUUAUUAUUGCUGGUAAUUCUGUGAAAACUGUUACCAAGACAAAUACUUUAAUGGGACACGCUGAAGGGAAGGCACAAGAUGCCACAAUAGCAAAAGAAGUCGCUGUAGCAACAACACUACUAGAUACAUUUCUCACCAAAAUAGCAACAUGUUGUUGCGUUACUUUAAUGCCAGGUCAGCAUGAUCCUGCUAAUACAAUGCUACCACAGAAAUCACUGCAUCCAUGUAUACUACCAUUAACAUCUAGAUUUGAAAGUUUCAAAGGUGUGACUAACCCGUGGAUUGGCAAAGUCGCCGAACGUAUAAUAAUGGGUAGCAGUGGUCAACCAAUUGAGGAUAUUGUGAAAGCAACUGGUAUGACAGAUAUUUCCCCUUUAAAUUGGCUGGAAAAAACGUUAGUUUGGAGACAUAUGUGUCCAACUGCUCCAGACACAUUACCGGUAUAUCCUUAUUCUGUAAAAGAUCCGUUUAUCAUAAAUUACUGUCCAGAUAUAUACUUUGUGGGUAACACAGAUGAAUUUGAAACAAAACUGUGGAUAGGUGAAGAAAAUCAGAUGGUCAGACUAAUUUGUAUUCCAAAGUAUUCCUCUACAAAUCUUGCAGUUAUGGUGGAUAUAGAAACAUUGGAUACUACAACCAUUAAUUUUGGUACAAGUAUCUAAAUAAACUUAUUAUUAAUUUGAAUAUUAGAUAAAAAUAAUUAAUAUAAUAUACAUUUUUUGCCAGAUCACUAUCAAACCAUAUUUUUGUACUCUCAUUGUAUUUUUGAAAACUUUUAAAUAAAAU